UAUCGUUAAAUUUUCUAGUGCUACAUCUACCGGCGAUAAGUCAAAGCAAUAGCUGAUCUGUGUAGUACAGUAGCUCUCUUGCUUCGUAGAGCGGCACUUCGUCACUUUCGCAUCCGUGCGAAAUCCCGAACGAACAAGUGGAGCGAGCCGCGUCGCCAUCUUUAGGAACGGUACCGACUGUCUCUGCUACCGCCGCCUGCUUCGUUUUAAGAGCUUAAAAUCAAUCCGCGAUUAUAGUAAAAGAAUUUUGUGUGUUAGUGCGACAGCGCGUAAUUUAUUUUCUAUCGCGAGAAGACGCGAUACACAUUCGUUCGCGAUGUUCAUUUAAUACGUUCAAAAUUUGUGUGUGCGUACUGUACAAGUUGAGCAGACGACGUUUCGCAAGUAUUUCAAGGGUUGAGAGCGAUCGAAACCGACGUUGUUUUCUCGCUUUAUCGACCCUUGUUUAAACUAUUGUUUCUGACCUGCAAUUUUGUCAUUCGGUUCCUAUUAUUUUGAGAAUUAGUGUUUAGUGUUUUGAUUUGUCAAAGAAAGACAAACACAUCGGAGAAAGACGUUUGUAGUGCAUGAGAAUACAAGUCAAAGUAGAAAUAAAGAGAGAAGGAUAAGAAAAGAAAGACUGAGACAGCUCUAGUAGACGACGACAACGACGGGCUAGUACGAUUGACAGGAAAGAUGGCGCGAGGUGCGGACGAGGAUUAAUGUUGACCCAUUUUUCCGCGCGAAAUCGCUCGGUCUUACUUUGUCAUACAAUUAAGGAAAUACUAAGUUUCGAACCGAGUGUGAAAAAUUGCGGUUAAGUGAAUUAAAUUAAAAAAAAAGAAAGGGGUAGUCCGCUAUUGGUACGAGUGUAUCCAUCGUGCAGUGUGCGCGUGUGCCCAGUUCUUGCAUAAGUGUGAGUGCCCUCUCGGACGUAUAGGUCUCAUAGGGCCAACAUCGACGAGUAUCGGAUAAAGACUAUUGAAGACCGUCGGUGAUAAUAAGAGUGAGUAUAAUAAAGGGAAACAUAGGAAAUAGUAACAAUUUCGAAAAGACUGGAGUUUGGUGGGGCCUUGAUAGGCUCAGCUACGGAAGAGGAUAAACGAAAACGAAAACGAAGACGCGGUCUUCUGGAACUUCUCGAGCUGUAUAGAGCCCUGGCAGGCUCGGGUACAAGCGCGGCUGCUAAGAUGGGCAACAAUGCCGCGACUGCAAACAAAAAGGUUGACGCUGCUGAGAGCGUCAAGGAGUUUCUUGACAAGGCAAAGAAAGAGUUCGAGGACAAGUGGAAAAGAAACCCAACGAACACUGCUGGUCUCGAUGAUUUCGAGCGGAUCAAGACACUUGGUACUGGCUCGUUCGGUCGUGUCAUGAUAGUGCAACACAAACCAACUGGGGAAUAUUACGCCAUGAAGAUACUCGAUAAGCAAAAGGUCGUGAAACUUAAGCAAGUCGAACAUACACUUAAUGAAAAAAGAAUACUGCAAGCGAUUAGCUUUCCAUUCUUGGUCUCCUUGCGAUUUCAUUUCAAGGAUAAUUCUUACCUUUACAUGGUUCUCGAAUAUGUGCCAGGAGGCGAAAUGUUCAGUCAUCUACGAAAGGUUGGUCGUUUCUCGGAACCACAUUCGCGCUUUUACGCGGCACAAAUCGUAUUAGCGUUCGAAUAUCUUCACUACCUCGAUUUAAUCUAUAGGGACCUCAAGCCAGAAAAUCUGUUAAUUGAUUCACAAGGCUAUUUAAAAGUCACAGAUUUUGGUUUCGCUAAAAGGGUACAGGGUAGAACAUGGACCUUGUGCGGUACGCCAGAAUAUCUCGCGCCUGAAAUAAUUCUCAGCAAAGGUUAUAAUAAAGCUGUAGAUUGGUGGGCGCUUGGUGUGCUUGUCUAUGAGAUGGCUGCCGGUUAUCCACCGUUCUUUGCUGAUCAACCAAUUCAAAUUUAUGAGAAGAUUGUUAGCGGAAAACCACGAUUUCCGUCUCAUUUCGGAUCCGAUUUGAAAGACUUACUACGUAACUUGCUACAAGUUGAUCUUACCAAAAGGUAUGGGAAUUUGAAGGCUGGUGUAAACGAUAUCAAGGGUCACAAGUGGUUCGCCAGUACCGAUUGGAUAGCUGUCUUCCAAAAGAAAAUCGAGGCCCCAUUCAUACCAAAAUGUAAAGGGCCAGGAGACACGAGCAAUUUCGACGACUAUGAGGAGGAGACACUUAGGAUUUCACUGACGGAGAAGUGCGCCAAGGAAUUCGCCGAAUUUUGAAUUCCCAUAUUGAUUCAAGAUGGAUAUAUGUGUCGUGUAUGCAUUCAUAUGCGAUGGUUUGUCGCUCAUUGCUCGCUUUUCUUCGAGCGAAAAAGAUAGAUGAAGUAAGAGAGAGACAGUAAUAUUAGGAGAAAGUAAGAAAGAGCGAGAGAGAGAGUACGAAAGAGUGUAAGAAAGAUAGAAUGUAAACGAAAGAAUGUAUUAUAUGUAUGCAAGAUCGGAAGAAAGCGUGUGUGUGCAUGCACAUGUAUGAUUGUGUGCGUUUGCGAGUACGCUCGGUACAAUAAUGUACAGAAGGAAGAUGGUUUAGAAGAGUGACCAAAAAGGAAAAAAAGUAAAGAAGAUAAAUAUAUAAAAAACAGAUGGCAGAUUUUGCGAUUUAUUUUGUGAUCGAACUUCUGAAAAGAAUGGAAACGGAAAGAGUAAUAUACAAAGAAAAUACGGUGUAUCCCGCCGUUCAAUCGAUAAAAAAAAAAAGGGAGCAUAAGAGAUAAACAAACAGAUAUAAUAAUAUAUUGAAAAAAAAUUACAAUAUAUUACAUUAACAGAUAUCAUAUAUAAAUACACAUAGCAUACGCGUACACUCACACACAUCACAAUUCUCAUCGGUACCGUCAUUAUACCAUUACAACUUUUUACAUGAGAAAGAUCUUUUUUUUUUCUUUUUUUUUUUUUCCCCCCCUAAGUAUAUAACAUAUUGAGAUAUGAGGAUGACGAUAUAUAGUAUAUAUACGUAUAUGUGUGUGUUCCCUAAGAUGGCUUUAUUAUCCGGUUUAGCGGAGAAGGCGGGUGUAAAGAUUACUCUCAAUAAUUAUUAUUAAUAUGGGAAAACGUCAUUUUUGCCGGAAUUAUUUUGUACAUAUAGUGUUGCUAUAUACUCUUUAUCAAUGUUCCCCGAUCCCCUUUUACACCACGCCCCUCUUCUCCACCAUUCUGCCUCUUUUAGCACAUACAAAAAAGAAAGACUUUUCGAUAGAAAAGGAUAUAAUAUACACCAAUAAUCAUGCCAUGCAUUAUUAUCUAUUUGUCUACGAGCAUCUUCUCUUCAUUCUCGUUGAGGAAAAAUUUUUGCCACGAUAUGAAUCGUGUUUAUAUUAUAGCAGCUAGUCGUCACAUGAUUAUUCCGCUGGAGUAAUAUUUAUAUACGACUCGUUUUUCAUCGAUCGUUUACUGUGGACACCAUUUGAGAGAAACAAAGAGAUGAUGAUGAGAGAGAGAGAGAGAGAGAGAGAGAGAGAGAGAGAGAGAGAGAGAGAGAGAGAGAGAGAGAGAGAGAGAGAGAGAGAGAGAGAGAGAGAGAGAGAGAGAGAGAGAGAGAGAGAGAGAGAGAAAGAAAUGUAGAUCCUUAUAUUAUAAUAUAUCAAAUCUUAUUAAAAGAAAAAAAUGAAAAAAUACUCGUUAUAUACUGGCUACAGAUGCUCGUUGUUGAAUUAUUGUAUUUUACAUAAGUAAUACAGAAAAAGAAAGAAACGAGAGUAAGAGUGAAAGAGAGAAUGAAAGCGAACGAGCGAGAGAAAGAGAGAGAGAGAGAGAGAGAGAUAAUUGUGAAAAUACGAUCGACGGAGUACGAGUAAAAUAGAAAUUCAUUUUUGGAACGUUUUUAAUAGAGGACCACUGGCGUUCGUACAUAGAUACAUUGUAAGAGUAUUCAUAUAUAAUUAUAUCGCCUUAAGUUGCUGUGCGCAAAAGAAGCAACGUUAUCUUUUAUAUAGAGCUGCACUUUUAGUACAGAAUGUAAACGUGUGGACAAUCCUGUAUUCGUGCAAGAGAAAAGAGAAAAAUGAACGAUGCACACGCGCGAGAUGGCCAAAGGAAAUUGCGCGUGUAGAACGUGAAAUGAAAUUUCAUUAAAUGAUAUAUAUAGAAGCGUGUAAAACGAAAUCGUGAGAAAAUUAUUCAAAGAAACAAAUCAUGGAAAAAGAAGAAAUAAAAAAAAACAAAUAAAUGAUUAAACGGAAGAGAAUAAAAGAAUAAGAUAAUGAAAUGUAUUAUAGAACAGCAACAGCAGCAGUAGUAAAUGACAGCGAGAGUAUUAUCGCUGAAAGACGAUAUAUUUGUUAAUUUUCUUUUUUUUUUUUUUUUUUUUUUCUUUUCUUUUUACAUCGAUUAAAACUUCUUUCCGAGAUCGAGCAUACGAGAUACUUUAUGGCAUCAUAUCUUGACGGUAUUGAAAUUCGAUGAUCAAAUAUAAGAAACGCGAGAAACACGAGAAAUAUCAAUACCAACGACGAGCCCUGACCGUCGACGAUUGGACACGCAUCGAUAGCGCAUAAUGAGAAUCGAUUUUACGAUGAAACACGCACGAGAAAGUCCAACACACGCAUAACUUCGUUAAAAAAAUACAUACACUGUGUAUGCGGACAUAUUACAUAUGAUAUUACGAAAGUUUCUUCUAUUGGCUUGUGACAUAACGUACUUGUUCGAAUCCAAAGAAUUGUCAAUCGUUGCAUGAUAGAAAAGAAUUGUACAAUUGAAUCAUUGAAAACACGAGGGGCAUUGUAUCAAUUUGAUUUUGAUAGCUUGAUCAAAUCGACUUAAUCGUUGCGAGAACGAGAAAGCAACAGAGAGAAUGGAAGAGAAAGACGCAGAUAAAUUUAUGGUAACAUUGGGCGAUUACUGCAGUUCCCACUUUUGUUCAAAUUCAUCCUCUUUUCAAGUGAGAUGAAACUUAACGAUCGAAGUUGCAACUAGAAAGAGAAUGGCUGAACGGGGAAAGGAGAAACUUAACGGGUAACACAAGUCGAAUUAUAUUUAUAUAUUACGAGACUUACUUUCUUUGCUUUGAACGUAUUUGCAUAUCAUUUUUAUAAAUUCGAAAUUCUUUUUCAACAAGGAUAUAAUUAAUGAUUAUUACGAUUUCUCGAAAUCGAUAAAAGAGGAGAGAAUAUUCACAAAGAAUUUCUUCUUAAAGCUAAUAGUCAGAGAGAACGUGAAAUUCUGUCACUCGUGCAGCAAACAAGCACGUUGCAGUAUAAUGCAAGCACAAAUCGUAUAGGCAAAAGAACAUCUAUUUAUAUAUCCUUUUUGCCGCGUUCGUGACUUCUAGGAUGUGUAUUACUUUAAGCAUACACAUGCAGUUUAUUUAUUCGUUCGUGCUGCAGUAUUGGUCGAAUAAAAAACGAAGAUAGGCUUGGUUUGAACAAAGAAACAUAAAGUCUUUGGCAAGAAAUUGCACGACCGAGAUAUGAUAUAAUUUUAAAUCGUCCGAUUUUGGUUGUCGUUCGAUUCAUAUAUAUAAAUUGAAAUAUUUAUUUUAAUAUGACGAUAUCACACGACCACUAACAUCACGUCAUCCUUUUUCUAAAUUUCGAGUUUUAAAAAUCAUAAGAUAGUUAGUUUUUCGCAUAUUUUUCUUAUUCAAUUUAUUUUUUUUUAUUAAUGUUUAAAGAAAAGGAAAAACUUUUUUAAAUUAUUUGGAUAAAAUGGAUGCAAAUCCAUUUUAUUCUAUAUUUCAAACUAAUUGCCACAAUUCGUGCAAGAACAUUAUCUAAUAAUAUUUAUUUGGAUGUGCUAAAUUUAUUGUAUUGGGAUAUUUAAAUUUGGGAUAUUUAAAUUUAUAUAAGGGAAAGGGAUAGCAGGAUCUAGUCUUUUAAAAAUUUUUAAAGUAGUUUUAGUUUUACAUACUUAAACGUUCUUAGCAGAAAGUUAUUCCUAUGUUUUUUCAUUUCAUUCGAUUUCAUUUGAUUGUGAUCAAAUGAUGCGCUAUCAAAAAUUUUCAAUCAAGUAUCAAAAAAUUGUUAUGAAUGAGAUAACUUUAAAUGCAUGAAAAUGUUUCAUAUCGUGUUUUGUGUGAUAGGUCAUAUCUGAUCAAUUGCUUUUAACUGACCUAGAAUAACUACAAAAGGCUAAUCAUCUAAGCUUUAUCACAGGAUUUGAAAAGAUAAGACCUCCAUUCCUGGCUUCUGUGGAUACGAUAAUAGCUUCUAUUUGAGUGAUUGCAGAUUAUAACGUCUUAAUGCGAUGCCAAUGCAAAUUCGGAAUAAUAUUUAUUUCCGGAGAAUAACAGAAGUUGAAUCGUGUUCAUUUAAUAAAAGUUGUUGUAUAGGUCUUUUUUCUAUUUGGAUAAUUCUUUAACAGCACGUACGGUAUACGAUCCUUUGUGAAUAUUAGCUAGUAAGUAAUCGUUUAAAAUCGCAUUAUAUAUACUAGUUGUAAUUAUUGUAAUUUUCCUGUGUUAAGCAAUUAUUUUCCGUGGAUAUUUUUCGCGGGAUAUCUCGUUAAGUCGUUUUCGAUUAUGUGUCGGAUCUCUUUGUAAGUAACAUUAUUCGUUUUCCAAUUUCUUCUUCGAUUCGAUAUCUCUCCUGACAAUGGGCACCGUUAUUGUCCUAUUCAUAAAUAGAUUAUCUCUCCUGAUUCAAUGAACAAUCGUUACGCAAUUCGUUCCAUCACGUGCGUGUGAAUAUGAUAUAAUUUUAAAUAUUCGCACGUAUAAAUACUUACGUAAUCAUAUCGAAAGCAUCUUCGUUCGAGUUCAUAUCGUAAAUGGUAAAUUGCAUCCGUUACAAACGCAUGCAUUCUGGUAAUAACGCUUUGUUCCCCAUUGUGUUUAGUACUUUACGUUUGUCCUUUGUCUGCUAUCUCUUUGGAUGAUUGUGCUCGUCGGCUAAGGGAAGGAUCUAUUUUAGGACUCGUUAUUAACCACCUAGGAAUUCUAUCUCCCUUUUCCCUCGUAACAACAGUUUAUGAUGGAACGAAAAUUCGGUGGUCGGAUAAAUUCGUAAAUGAAUUAAAGAAAUUAAUAUUAACGAAUUCGAAGAAAAUCGUGAACGCACAAAAAUAUAUAAGCAUGUAUAUAUUAUUACGAGGAGUUGUAAGUUCGAGAUCACUUCGCAUUUAUUUUAUAAUUAUGUGCAAAAUUUGUGUGCAAUAAUUUUUUUCUUUCGUGGAACAAUUAUUUUUGUAGAGAAAAAUUUUGUAUAUAUUAUUUUAUUUAAUGUAGCUUAUCGUAUUUUUAAUUGAAUUAUUAUUAAAGUAUUUUCAUUUCGAGGAUUUAUUAAAAAUAAUAAUAAUUUAAUGAAAAAAUCCUAUCGUAUUAAUCAUGGCUUCGUUAUUUUUAUAAAAAUUUAUAUUAUAUUUAAUCAAUAUAUCCAUUAAUUUUUAUUAUUUUUUUCUCUCCCAAUGUUUCAAGAACUUUCCAUAAAAAUUUUGUUUCGCAUGGAAAGUGUAAAAUAAUAUUGAAUAUACGUUCAAAACCUUUUUUUUUCAAUUCAAUAAUUAUGUACUAAUGAUUUUUAUUAUAUUACAUCAUUGAUUAUGAAUACAUGAUGUUAUAAACUGAUGAUAUUUAAUACGCGGAUAAAUAGUAUAAACAGCUAUAAAAUAGAAAAAAGAGAUGAUAUUGAAUAUCACAUUCGAUAUCGUGCUUACUAUUACAAGGAUAUAAUACAUCGAUGGAAGUGGUCUUAGAGACUUAUAUAGUAGUAUAUGUAUGUAUGUGCCGAUGGUUACUUUCCGUCUGUUGUUCUUACGUUCUCGAAUUGGAAUUAAUUAUUUAUUGAACGCAGAUCAAGUGCAAUUCCGCUCAUGGAAAGCGGUCAAUUGCGUUAUUUUAUUGUUUCAUCCACUGUCAUGUAACGCUUUGCCUUCGAUGCCCAUUAAUAUCGUUGCAUAUAGCAGAACAAUCGUAAUAUUUCUGCUUCCACGUAGUAUAUUUCUUAUCGUGAUACUACGUAGAAAGAAGAAUAAUUUGAAUAAGUAACUUUUUUUAAACGUUACUACAAAUGUUUCAAGUUAGCUCUUUCGAUUCCAUCGAUGAUUAGGAUAGUGGAAAUUGUUUUGUUUUAAUGCAUUUUUGUUAGGUCUUAAUAUUAGAUUCGAAUUAGCUCGAAGCAAUUUAAAAUAAAUUUAUUUUUUCUAUUAGGUAGGAUUAUAAAUUCCAAUUUUAGAUUUUAACUUAUAAUAAGUGUCAUACACGGACUCCAUAAGUUUAAUUCAUUAAAUUUAUUAACAUUCAUUUUAAUUUUAUUUAAUUCUUCUUUAUUUUUUGUGAUAAAUAUCAUCAGUAAUAUCUGUUGCAAAAUGUAUAGAAUGAAAGUUAAAGGAAAAGUUAACAAGAAUUUAAUUAAUAAUAAUAAUAAUCUAUUAUUAUUACUAUGUUUACCUGUAACUCAACAAUAUCGGUUUAAAAAACGUAUAUUUUUUCAGAAUAAUUUUAUUUUUUUAGUAAAUUAUUUUAGAAUUUUAACAAAUCUUGUUAUAAUUUUGAUAGUAGAUUUAUUCUUUUGAUUCAUUUAGAAAUUUUUCCAAUUAUUUUUAACAAUAUUUUAUCAUGUAUUAUACGAAAAAAACUUAUUAAAUAUAACAUUCUUGAUAUUUUUUUCGAAAAGAAUAUAUUUUUUAAAAAAAAUAUAUGUAUUAAAUUUGAAUCAUUUUCAAAAUAUAUAAAACGCAUAUCGGAUGUCUCGAAAAUAAUCUAAAUUAAAAUGCGAUUUUAUUAAUAUUCAAAUUCUUAAAAUUUUAUUAUCAGAAUUAAACGCGAAUUAAACCUAUCAUUAUUUUCUCCAUAUUCCUCUUAUUCUACUUCUUUUUAAAAUCAUAAUAUCAAUUUCAUUAAUUCCAAUUAUACUUUCUACACUAUCUACAAUUUAUUUAUUUCAAAAAAUAAAAGAAAAAUUUAUUUUUAUCGAAGACAGGAGAAAUAAAAUUAAAAUUGGAAUAUUACGAAAAGAUCGACAGGCAGAGGCCAUUUUAGAAAUACAUAUGACACACAUUCAUCGAUACUUUUGUAGUUUUAUAUUUCACCGCAACAGUAAUAAUGUUCCGAAACGUCAAACGUAGUCCCUAGAACGAAGCACGAGGAGUGAAUAUUGAACGUGAAAUGUCAAGUUUGGUCGAGACGAGUUCAGGUUCGAAUUAAUAAAUUCGAUAUUCAUGAAAUAUGCACACACAUGUGCACGUAGGAGUGAUUCUUUUCCUCCUCCGUGCAACAGACGAACCAUUGUAACGUUUUAAUAAGUGAAUCAAUGAAGGAAAGAGGAUAGGGGUUAAGAGAGCACUCGAUAAUAUACGGACGACUAUGAUAGAACAUCGAAUAUAUAUACUUGGAAAUUUUCCUAUCAUUACAAUUUUAUUAACUAGCAAAUGCAACACGGUAAUUGACAUUAACUUCGUCCUUUCUUCUUCAGGGAUUUGAAAAUCGAUGAGCAUUGCGCAUUUAGUUCGUCAGAUCCAACAUUUAUAAAAUAAUAAAUUAAAACGCGCGAGACUCCUGGCCCACGUUCGUGUUUAGAGUAAUUAUUAUGAAUUAUCAUUUGACAAUUUGUUUAUCAAUUUUGCCAGCAUGUUCUUCUUUUCUGAAAUAAUAUAAUCCUCGAUAUUUUUUCUUCGAUUAGAUCAAAAAUAUAACGUUUUGUCUUAUUGACUUCUCCAUUUUUCUCAUGGUGAAAUAUCAUUAAUCAUAUAAAUUUUGAAUGGAUAUUUCCAUAAAAAAAAAUAGAAAAAUUUUUACGAAAUAGAAUUCAAAUUUAAUUCCUUUACAUUUUAUAUUUUAUGUUAAAAUGUCGAUGUUCUGAAAUUUUUUCUUACAAUUAUAAAGAUCAAGUUUUGAUAAAGAUAGAUAAAUUUCGUGUAAAUAAUUGUAACGUACGGAAUAAAAGAAGGAGACAUGUGAAAUGGUUGAGAAAUAGGAACGAAAGAGGAAGAAGUAAAGAGAGAAGAAGAUAACGAGAGGGAAUAAUAAUCUUAAAGAGCGAAGCAAUAUGACACAGAACGUCUAUGACAACUACUCUCAUAAAAGUUACGAUUGGGCUAUUAACGAUCAAUUUAUGUACUUUGAAACAAGAUGAGAACAUGCUAGUAACCAUCCAGUAUGUUAUUCUUCAGAGAUAUCUUACAUUACAUUAUUAAACGAAUCGUGAAAUAAUUCUUUUUUUUAAAAAAAGAACUUCGUAAACUAUGAUAUUGGCUUAUCAAUAAAAGUUCCGUUUCACAUUUGUUGCUGCAACAUUUGUCUCGUGAUGAAUAGAACGUUGAUGAUGUCUGUCGUUUUCUUAAUUGCAUAUCGUACUUUUGAACAAAGAAUGUACAAUAUAUAUUUUUAUUAAUCAGCAUAGGAAUUUUUUAUACAAUCCAAUCCAAAUAGGUAUUUGACAAUCGUUGCAACUCUUCGUGUUUAACCAAUUAACCAAUCAAAAUCGAUUCACGAGUACAUAGAACAGAAUUAAUUAAUUUACAUCGAAUUUUUCUAAUUACAUGGUUUUAAUUUUAACUCGAAAAACGAUGUCACUUUCAAAAAAAGAAAAAAUAAACCUCUCUCUCUGCAUAUAGCAUUAUCAAUUUUAUUAGAUCAAUGCUUGAGUGUUUUAUAACUCCUUUUCAUUAAAAUCUCGAAUUACGAUCGUAAAUAACGUUGAAUGCCACGAAGAAAAGCGAUUCGUAGAAAUUGCAAUUUAUAACAAUCUUAUCCAGAGAACGAAGCGAGGUUGUAUAACGAAAUAUAUAUAUAUUCAUCGAGAUCAAUCCUUUACGAAACGAGUUGGAUUGUUGGAAAAGCGUCGGUAUGACUUUUCUUUUUCAAAGGAUUUUUUUUUCUCUUUUCCAACGAUUUAUGCCGUUUCUUCUUAAUAUCUCAACAUUGUUCCUCGUUCGUUAUCGCUGCACACGAUCUCAUUUCAUUCAUUUCUCGAUCGGAGAGAACUCGAUGCAAGAGAACACACGGUUCGUACUUCUAUAAUUCUGAAUCGUUUUGUUUCAUGGUCGACGUGCACACCGCCUUUGCCCCUUUCGUACUUAGACAAAUGGCUCGCUGUGAAAACUAAGAAAUUCAAGGGGAACGGAAGUGUUUAGCGUGAUAAUUAGGAUCGGGGAAACGGAAAUUCAAAGAGAUUUGAAUCGUUCGCACGUGGAUCACGUUUUAUGUAUUAUGUAAUGGAGUGAACUGUGUAGAUAGGAUUUUGCUCAUCGUUUUCGGCCCGCUUUCGAGUGUUUCACCCGCGAUGUGAAACGCAUUUCGAGUUACAAUGUAAUUGUGACAUCAUUAUGCUUCGCACAGUGUACUUUGUAAGGUAUAUAGUACUCGGUGGCUUCGUAAUUUUAUCGUUAAAGGAAAUUGGAAUUAGAUUUUGAAUUCGCAUCAAUCGCGUUUAUUAUAAUAGUUCGUACCUCUUCGUAUUGUUUAAUAACUCUUUCGAGACUAAUUAAGCAGCAAUUAUCAAACUUUUUAAUCAGUUAAUUUCAAUCCAAUAUCCCAUUAUCGUGUACAAUUUAAUAAUUUAUUUUAUUAAAUUGAGAAACAGAAAAUUUCCACGAGAGUCUAAUCAAGAGUAUCAUAGUUCCGUAAAUAAAAUUCAAUUAACUCUCAAGUUCUUUACCUCACAGAAAAAUCUGUCAUUUUCACGUUAUAAAACAGGAAAAUUAUAUAAGAAAAAAGGAAAAAAAAAGUGGCAGAACAACUUUUUGCCUCGAUAAAAUCCCGUGAAAAUUGAAAUUCGUAAGAACCACCUCUCUUCCUCCCCUCUCUCCCCCAAGCUCGAACCAAUUUUGCUGUAUGCAAUUCAAAACUACGUUAUUCCCUUUUUUUAUCCCGGGAAUUACGCGAUGAAAUCUAUUUUCCACCGACUCGGGCAAUGCUUAACCAGGGGGAUGGGGAUGGGAUGGGGGGAGAGAAGAAGUCGUGUCUUUUUUUUUUUCCUUUUUCUUUUUUAUAUCACAAGCACAAGAUGAUUCGAUCCAGCUCUCGAGAAGUAAUCCCGGACUCAUUUGACACACAACAGCGUUAUCAAGCGCGCAAAGAAGGACCAUCCGUAGUAAAUUAAUCGUCGGCCCUCCUCAGCCGGCGUUCCUCAUCUGUGGCUGUGCUCACGAUAGUGUUUCUGCUUCUCAGAUGUUAUCACCGCUCGUCUUGAUAUACUAUAGAUAGUCACUCUCGACGCUUUCGACGAGAAUAAAACCGCGUUAUCUCGUGUUGCUUCCAGUGAUGCUCAUUAGCGAGCAAAGUUUCGAUCCGCCCUCUAAUUUAACACGUAGGGGAUCACCACGAUUAGCCGUUAUUCGUAUACGUUGCGUGCCUCUUGGUUUAUGGGACCAAAUGUCGUCCCCUCCCCUCCCUCCCUCCCCCGUGACACAUAUUCUCAUAGAGAAAUUGCAAAUUGUACGUAUACAAUUGGUAGCAAAAGUACCAUUCGGCCACUUCUGACCAUUUUGCAUUCGUUUUCUUUCACUUUAUCUAUUUUCACGAUAUUAGGAUUUUCAAUAGGAUAUUUCGAAUUUGAAUAUUCGGACAUAUUUCCAAUAAUUUAGAUUUGUAACAGAAGUUGUGACAUGCUAUACAUUGUCGUUUCACAUUUAACUGGUUUUAUCUUCUUUUUAUUUCUUUAAAUCUAAAUUCUACAAUGAAUCGAGUAAGAAGUGUGUGAGAAAAGUUUUAUAGUUCGAGGAAUCAUGAGAGAAAGCUCGAAUAGUAUUAAUCAAAUAUAAGAAAUAUUUAUAAUAAGAAUAGAUAUCGAAUUACUUCCUUCUUGAUCGAUGCACAAUUUUAAGAUGUUGUAACAAGUAUUCAAUGUGAUCAAUUAUUUUCGUGUACCAACUUGUGGCUGACCUUACGUCUAAAAUAGUUUCGUCCAUCAAACCAUUCACCAAUCAGAAAUAUCAUUUUGUCGAGACGUGGUUUAAUGUUGCAUUCUCAGAGAAUGUUCAAAGAAGUUUACUUUCGUUGAACUUGACAUCAGACAGACAAGCGUUAAAACUGACUAUCGAAUGAUGCAAGAAGCCAGAUACAUAGAGAUACAUGUUAUUAAGAUUAUAUUAUAUUUGAUUUUCAAGUUUCGACAUGUGAAAACCAACAAAUUGAUUUUUGAGAAAAAUCAAAAUUCGACAAGUCAAAAUUUUAUUAUAAUGUUGCACCUGUACGAUUAAAUUUUCUUCUGUUAAGUUAUAUCUGUCAAGUGUGAACUAGGAUUCGUGUUUUUCAAAGAAGCUAUCUUCUCGUAUAUAAUGUGAUCUGAUAAUUGAUUAAUUUUUUCAUAUAACAUACUUAAGUUUGCGAAUAUUUUGAAGAUUAAAAUUAAUAAUUUUUUUUGAGAAAUUGUUUGGAAGAUAGAUGCGUGUAGAAAGAUUGUUAGGCUGAUAUUGAUAUGGAUAUAUAAAAUUUUCCACGAUGAUAUAUAUAUAUAUAUGACAUAAAGAAUAACAAUGAGUAAAAUAAAUAUGAGAUGAUUGAUGUCGCAGUACAAGAUUGUCGUUUUGAAUGAGAUGAUAUAAGAUUAUUGUGCUGAGUCCCAACACAGCUUUAGCUCUGUCUGAUGUGUGAUCUAGAGUUUAGAAAUUGAACUACGUAAAAUUUUGAAGUUUUAUUGCUAUAAGCUUGUUGGAAAUGUAGAUUAAUUAUAAUAAUUGGUUUUUCGAAUUUUCUUGGGAGAAUAAUUUUAUCUAUUUAAUUCGUAUCGUGUUUUAGACUUAAAAAGAAAUUUUAAUGUUUUAUACAAAAAAAUUAUUAAUCAACGAUGAUAAGGUAUUGAAAUCAAAUUUGUAUUUUUAUGUCUUUCUCUUUCUGUUUCUAUUGUUUCUUUUUUCUCUACAAAGAAAACUAUUUUGGAGAAGUGAAAUAGUCAUUUCAAAAAUUUUAUAUUCAUCAUCGUAAUUAUAGAAUGUAUCAGCAUGUACAAUCUCAAACAUUUUAUCCUUAAAAUGUACAUAUAUUUAUAUGAUUUGAUCAGAAGUGUGUAUAAUAUGUAUAUUUCAAUAUUUCAAUAUUUGUAAGUAACAAUUUGAACCCUCAACUGGAAACGAUAUUUAUUAUAUAUUUGCGAUAUAAUAUCAAUCAUAUAUCCAAUGAAACUUUAUUAAUGACGCAGAUAAGUUAUCCGUUCAAUCGUUUACAUUACUUUUCAAGAUCCAUUACGAUGAACAGAGCUCUCAAUGUUUGCAUAAAUUUCCUAGGAAUCACAAUUUUAAAUACAACAAAUGUUUCGAAUAAAGGAAACAUGGAAACGUCGCUUCUUCAAUUCUUCCCUUCCAGAAGAACGAAUUUACAGAAGACAAUUUACCAAAGUACCAAUUAGUUGAGGGUUGAUCGAUUAGUAAAAUAAUAUUUGCCAAACUGAAUGACAAGGGGAUGAUCUCGCUUUCGAUUCUCGCUCUAGAUAGGUGUAAAUAUUUUUCUACCUGCAUCGAGAUUAAACGAACUAGCACGUCACUAGCUUUUAUGAGUUUUAUCGUGUACACGUGUGCUGCUUUUGUCGGUGACACGCGACUGAUAACACAAGUUUGUGAGGGGUAACGAUUUUCGAUCGCGCGUGACGAUAAGAUAUUACUCAUCCAUAAGAAACGAGGCGAAUUGAUUGCGAAUAUUAGACGCAAUUGUGACGUGUUCCCCAUCUGUCGAACACUCCAUUGACGUAUAGCGUAAUUUUAGUAUGGUGAUGCAACUUGAAUAGCGAGAACAGUCCCUUCUCAUCGAAAAUGAAGCCGAUUUCUUCGAUAAUUCUAUCGGUUGGAGAGAGGAUAUUUAUCUCUCUCUUUUUCUCUGAUUUCUCUCUCUUUUUCACGUCUCUAGCUUCUUCGAUCCUGAAAUUCUUCGAAGGAAGGAGAAAUUGACGCAGUUUAAGAGUUUUCUCGUCGAAUCAUUUCGCGAAUUUUUCUCGAUUCCUGGUCGAAAUCUUGAGCACGAAAAAAUAUCGUUCGAAUUUUCCUUUGAGAUUCAUUCAACAUCUCAGGAUCAACAUAUCGUGUUUAAAUAUUUGGAUAAAUUAAAAAAGGAUAAUAAUCGGUUAAAAUGGAUAUAUAAUCUAUUAUAUGCAUAUCGCACUCUUAUGCAGAAGUAGAAGAUACGAUUGGGAAAACGUGUUUUUCGAAUUGUCACUAUAUGAACGUUUAGGGAUCCCUAGGAUUAUAAAGUGAAAUUAAAGAAAAACUAGAUACUGUUUGAUGAGCAUCAUUCUUGAUUUCAUUUUUGAGAACGAAUAUGUUUAUGCAUUUAUGUAAGAAAUUUAAGAGUGUAUUAUACAUGUACAAAAUGCAUAUCUGUAAAAAGUGUUGCGAGUUUUUUUAAUUUGAAAAGAUUAUACGGAGUUAUUAUUCAAACCAAAAUGUUGCUUAUUUUUAAAAAAUCUCUGUGAAGAUUUAAGUACGAACGAGUCAUUUUUGUUUCAUUUUUGAAAAAUAAUCCGCUUUAUCCCUGAUUCUUUCGUAUAAAAUAUCCGGAGUGCAAUAUUUAAUAUGCGAGAAAAACAAAAUUUUUUUUAAAAUUUUUAUCAUCUUGAAAAUACGAAUUUGCAUAAGCAUAUACUAGUUGUAAUGUUCAAAUAAUAAUUUUUCGAAAACAUGUUGAUAUCUAAGUCGAGUCACUAACGAAUAUUAAUAAAAAUCUGAAAUAUUAUGAUCUUUUAUCAUAAAAUAUUAUAAAAUCUAGAAUUUUCUACUUUGAAGGUUCCUCGUUUUAGAAAAAAAUUGGAAACGAUCAGUUAAUCGAUUUCUUCGGAUAUUUUUUAUAUGCUUGAAUAUAAUAUAAUCGUACUUUUUUUUCGAUAUCCGAGUACUAUGAGACAGGGUUAUGUUCCAUAUACAAGUAUAUGAAAGCCUUUUGUACAUAGGCGAACUAGUUAGCCUUGAUGAAGUUCGUUGCUUUUCCGUACGCAAUGCCUCGACCUCUGAAGGCUACCUGCAUUCAUUAGGCGUUCAGCCGCAGAAUUUUUUUGUCGCCGCCAACAGGCGAAGCCGUUUUCACUGGCCUCGUUAAUCUUUCCUUCCAAAUGUGGAGACAAGAAAGGGCAACCCGUUCGUCAAUUGAUAUUUUCGUCGUUUCGCUCUUUGUUCCUCUCUGCCAGAUGCAAAGAUGGAAAUCCAUUGGAAUUUUAUCGUCGUUUGACGAUUGAAUUUAUUCGCGUUUAUUCUCUUAUUUAAUCAAUAAAAUAAAUUAUCUCGUUGUUCAGUCUUAUUUCUCUAUAAUUUUGUCCUCUUUCUACAAUCUUUCAAAUUUGAAAAAGCAACUGUAACUCAGUUUUCUCAUUGUUAUUCGUUAUAUACACGAAGAACAAAAUAAAAUAUGUUUUUCAAAGGAAUUCAUGUAUUAUGUUAUAAAAUAUAUACAUAAAAUUAUCAAUUAAAUUGACUAAUUUCAAAUUUGUUGUUCUUUGUUAUUAGCAGGCUUUUAUAUCUUAAUUCUAAUCGUUCGUGUAAUAUAUUUAAGUAUAUUACAGGUAGUUCUAAUGCUAAAAGGGAUUAUCAUUAUUAUCUUUCAGAUUGAUUGAAGAAAUAAGAUAGUCUAAUGUCUCAAAUUAUGUGCUUUAAUUCGAGCAAUAGCUCUAUUCGUUAGUUCUAAUCCUAUGCAUUCUAUGUCGUGUCUGGUCCCCAGAUGCGAUACUCGCUAUCGAACAAUUAUUGCAAUUUCUGCCGGCAGCUUUAGAUAUUGGUUCUUUUGCGUUUUAGUCUCAAUCGAUCCAUCGACACUUUGCAUAGAGUGCUCCAGCAGUUUCUCAUCUAACGAUAAAUCAAUUAGAGGAGAACAUCAGACGCAGAACAUUAAGCGAGCAAUUUUCCAGUUCAUCAUUGUGUCACCUCUCGAACGUCUCAUCGAGACGUCCAGAUCAUCCUUUCCAUUUUCUUCCUCAUUUAAUAUUCCUCUCCAUUGAAAUAGCAAUUCGUUAACCUCUUGACUUUCAAAUCUUUUUUUUCUCUUGAUCUUUCGUUGAAAAUAUAUUUCGAUGAAAAAUUUUGUUUGCAACAAUUCAUAGUGAAAAUAAAAUAAACGUUAUAUAAUUAUUCCAUAAGUUAAAUAUUUUUAUUGAUAUUGAACAGAUUGUGGAUUUUUGUACAUAUUUCUCAUAUUAUAUAUAUUUUUCUUCUUAACGUUAAUUUUAUUUGCAUUUGUAAUAAUUAUAAACGAAUUUAAUCAAUAUAUUCUUAAUAUAACUUCUUUUUGUAGAAAAUUUUUUCAAAUAAACAAUAUAAUAAUUUGUCAGACAAACAUGAGAAAUUUUUUUGUACAAUAUCAUAGCACAAAUUUUAUACAAAUAAAUUUAUACAUAAUAAAAUUACUAAUAUCUCGCAAAUAUUAUAUUUUCAAUAACACGAUAUUUUUUCUAUAUUGUAUAUUAAUUGAAUAUCCAAAUUUAUUUUAGCUUCACUAAAAAUCUGCAAUCUAGAAAUAUCGUAAUUUUCAAAUCCAUAGAAAUUACAAUGACGAAAAUAAUUAAUUAAUACCAUGUCUCUUUAUUCUUAACGAAGCAUUAUAAUUAAGGGGUUAAAAUGUGUCCAAGGAUAAUCCUGCAUAUAUACAUCCGUCGUUCAAUGUGAAAAAUGACUCAAGUUUUCGACGGUUCAAUGAUUCGAGCAAUGAAUUUCGUUACACGAGCUUUCUCAGAUAUAAAAUGAUGGAAGAUUGUUCGAUUGGAAACUUUAUAACAGGUUAACGAACGAAAUUAUGAAUGUCUGGUAAUCAUAUUCCCGCACAUGGCUGUUAGUUCGAUGUACUUAAACGUUUCGAGGACAUGUUGCUCAAUGCAAAUGAAAAUGAUUCAUCGAGACCCAUCUCGAAAGCUGUACUUCACACCAUGGCGCAUGUAUUUAUGAUUCAUAUUGAAAUUCGUACUACGAAUUCGUUCGUGCAAUUUUCUGUUUCAACAGAAUAUUUUUCGUUGAUUCAUGUGUCAACGUUACAAUCAAUCUAAUUUUAAAAAGAAAAACGAUAAUUGUUUAUGUUAGGAUUCGAUUUAUAUUUUAAUUUCUCAAUUUGAUAUCAAUUCUAUGUAGAUUUUCCUCAGUUUGAUCAGUUUUUCUUUAGGCGUUGGGAGAAAUCUGAUGGAGAUCUCGUUUAUGAGGUCAAGGUGUUUUAAUUUAGGAGAAGGACUUUGAUUAAUCCCGAGAUGCUCGAUUUUCUUUGUACAUUUUUUUUUGCAUCCAAUUUUGGCGUUUAUAAUUAAUGCACGCAUUAUGUAAAAUGAUUAUUAUUUUUAGAUCAAACGAGACAAAAAAAUUCAGAAUAAUUAAUAAUUAAGAUAAUAAAAUUUUCUCUUUAAUCUUGAGACAAAGAUUGACUUAUUUUUAUAGCAUAAAUCUUAAAGCUUCUCGAUUGGUUAUAUUCAUGAAAGACUUCUAAGAAGUCCAAAUACAAAAAUGUUUUAUAUUAUAACAGAUUAUAUACUAUAAAUGUGGAUUUUUUAAUUUGAGCAAGAACUCUUUUGAAAAAUUUAUUUAUUAGAUCCUAAAUUUAAAGAUACAUCUAUCUUUGUAUCACAAUAAGAAAGAAUUGCUUGACUACAGUUCAUUGGAUAUACAUUAUAUUCAAUUUUCUUACUAAUUAAUUCUUUUUUUUUAAUUUUUAAAUUUAACAUUUCCCAAACGAUUGAAAACCUCGUAGAAAUGUAAUCUCGUUCCCAAGAAGAAUCUAUCGCUUAUAAUAUGAAUGUAAUUUCAAGGCUGUCGAAUCACUUGAUUUUUCAUCUGGAUUUUCCUCAGAUCUUUAUUUGAAAAGGAAACGAUGAUCUUGAUAGAUGCUUUCGGUUUAAUAACGCGUAAUAUUUCUCAAUAGAUGAAUUCAUUUUUCUUCAUCUCGACGUUCUCAUUCUUACUUAGCUUUAGGGAGUUCUUACAUUAACAUAUUUUAAUUUUAUCGAGUACUAUUAUACGAGUUAUUCAAUAGUACUCACUUUAGAGCUUGCCUAUUAAUUCUGGAAAACGUAGUUUCUUUCCAAAGAAUAUCACGUGUUCGAAUCCAUUAUUCUCUCGUAUCUAUUUUUCUUUCCUCUCUUCAAUCAAAUUUUUAGAAAUCUUCUUCAGAUAAACAUCCGUACGUGGUUCUGAAUAAAGAGACGAUAAAGCGGGUACUAUUGUAAUUGUAAUCAUACAUUAUGUAAAAAGAUACAAAAAUUCAUAGAAUGUAAUUAUAAUCUUUACCUUUGGUAUCAGUGGCAUAUGAGCUGUUGUUUGUAACAAAAAUCUCAUUAUCAGUGAGUGGAGAAUCUCAGGUGUCAGGGCAGGGACGAAACAGUCCUUCCAUCGCGUACACAUCCAAUUUACUUUUUUAUGCUCUUGUACAUGUAAUACACAUAUACAUAUAUAUGAAUAUAAUUCAUUAAAUAAGCGUACGUAACACUAAAAUGAAAAAAGAUUUUUGUUAUAUUGCUCCUAUUUCUAGUCUUGAUGGGAUAUUAAGGAUUGAAGCGAACCUUGUGAACCUCGAAUAGAUGUAAUGCGUAUUUAAAUAGGAAAUUAUGUAUAAUACCUCGGGGAGGAUUACACCGUCCAAGAUCUUUCGAACUGUGAAAAAGUUAAUUACCAACAGACGGUAAAAAGAAAUCUUUGAAUUAAUUAGAAAUAAUAAUAUUUCUAAUUAUAUUACAAAUUAUUUUCAGAGAAAUAGUUUGUAAUAUAAUUAUUUUAUUUUGAGGAAUAAUGAUUAUAACUUGAAACAGGACCUCGAUUAACCGAUUUAAUCGAGCAUUUCCAGAUAAUCGAGAUCUAGGGAAAAGUUAUUAGAUCAUUCUGAAAGUUUUCGUAGUUAUUUAACUAUUUUCAUUAGAAAUUAAUAUUUUUAUUUGAAAUAGUUUUUUAUUAUUAUAUUAUAAUAAUUGGUUAAUCAAUCAAAGAAAUAUAGGAAUGAAUAAAAAAUAUAUUUAAAAUAUAUUUAAAAAAUAUAUUUAAUAAUAUAAUGAUAAUAUAUAAUAAUAUGUGCAAAUACAAUAAAAAUUAUGGAAACUUUCAGAAUGAUAUUAAAAAUAUUAAAGUGCAUUCUUAUUCAUAAUCAUGUUUAGAUAUAUUUGUUCGCAUUUUUUUUAAUUUGUGAUAGUGUUUGUUUUAUUGAUCGUUUUUCGUUAUACUUAUGAAAAAAAAUUUUCGACAUAUGAGAUUCUUGAUAAUCGAUCUGAUCGUAAAUAAUUGAUUGAUCGAGGUUCUAUUAAUAAUUAAUUAUUAUUAUCAUCAAUGCAAUUGAAAUUUCACGAUUUUAAAUUUGUUUAAAAAAAUUUUACGAGAAUUUCCAAAAUACUACUUUUGAAAGUUACUCUAUAACCAACUGUAACCAAGAGAGAAAUAUUAUUUAUUCCACGAGAACUUGAUCACGCACCAAAUUUAUAUCUCUUCGAGGUAUUUAUUCGUGAUAACGAGAUAAUUAGGUACGAGUGAAGGUAUAUAUUUGUCGAGUGUCAUAGACAAUCGAAUUUUAAAGAUCGAUGCGAGCGAUGAUAACUACACUAGUGCCCUCUUUAGCAUCCAGAUUUUUUGGCGCCAAUUUUAAAUAUAAAUAAAAUAGAACGUCGAUAUCUGAGUAACUGAUUUACACGAAUCCUCGCGUCGAGUAUCUUAUAUUAAAAUUCUUUUUCUUUCCUCUCAUUUUCGAAUCGAAUUUUCGAAUCACAAGCCAUUCAAAUCCCGAUUCUGAACUGUGAGGGUUAAAGUGGACACUACUGUAUAUCGUGCGUGUUUUGCCGGUCAAAGUAACGAGUCUUUAUUAGAAAAUAAUCAUAUAUGUGUAAGAAUGAAGUGCGUGUGCAGAAUGGAAGAUUCAUGACGGAUAGCUUCUGCCACUGUUCGUAAUCAUUUGUUAUAUCUAGUUAUUUCUCGCCAUCGAUAACGUGCACCGGAUUCACUUCUCGAUCGUUAACAAACACGAUGACGUAACCAGAAGAUAAAGUCUCUUUAGUAAUUUCUGUGUUAUCCAACACGAUGAGAAGUUUUAUAGAACGGCAGUUAGAUUAUGUAGAUGGCUGUUGAAAAGAUAUCCUUUCAAGAAUAGUUAGCCACUCGAUUAAUCUAUCUUUGCUUUUACCGAUUCAACCUCUUCGCUACGGUUCCUUCGAAACUGAAAGCAAUUUUGUUGAACAGUUUGACGCAGAUCUUGUUAAUACAGGAGAAAUAUGUGCACGAAUAUUCAACCCUUUUAAUGGUAAAUAAUUUUAACAUCGAUCUCUCUUGAACUUUAUUUUAUAUCUGAUUCUAAAUUAUACAUAUAUUUUAUGAAUAUUAAAUUAUUUAUUGAAUUUAAAUUUGUAAAAUUCAUACAGGUUAUUUUAAAUUGAUCACACCAUUAAAUGGGUCGUAUGUGUAUUCUGUAUAUUCGAAUAUGACUGGACAUAAAAAAGAACCGUAAAUGUCAUAAUAAAUUGUAUCGCGUAGAUUUCCAUCUUCCAUGAUAUAACACACAAUUUUUUCUUCGUCCGUAAUAAGAUUUUAAUCUGAUAAUGUACAAAGCAAAUUUUGAUAUAUUUUGUUAAUAAAUUUUUAAGAAUUUUAAUACAUCCAAUUUUCUUUAUGUCCAGUCUUCCAUCGUUAUUCGUAAUAUAACACACGUAAAUACGGGAAUGAUAAAAUUUUUGCUAAAAAAAAAGAGACAAUUUUAAACAACUAAUUUUACAAGUUUUCAAAAAUAACAGGGAUAGAAGAAUAAUCGUAAAUAUUUUUGAAAGGAUAUCUCUUUUACACAAAAAUAUCUCGGCCGUUUAAAAUCUCGCGUUAUCAAAAGUUCGAGGGAUCGUCGUUCUUCGAGAAUUUCAGGGUCGCGUCCUCGAAUCCUGCGAACGUUCGAUUAUACAGCCCUCGUUAAUUAACUGUUUCCCGUGAAAAUUAAUUGGAAACGUUCGACGAAAAUUAAUUAGCUCGGAUCGGUUAUCUGGAACAUCAUCUGAUUGUAUCGUUGUACACGUAUCGAGCGUUUUACUCGCUUGCACACUGGACCCUUUCCGACUUAAAUAUAUACGUUUCGUCAUCGGGAUACAUGCAUGCACACGGGGGCAUACACAUAUGCGGUAGUUGGAAAGAAUAAUCCAGAAAGAAUUGGAAAACUCGAAGCGUUCAACAGGGAGUUGUGUACAAGUAGGCUUAUGCUGCGAUGCGAUGAAAUAUCAGGUCGUUGGCAUGUCAAGGAUUUUUCUUUCACUACUUCACUGUUCGAUGGAGGAUGCGUGUUUAUCGUAAACGACACGAAAAUUCACUCUCUUUGUCUCGUUCGUGGUUUCUGCUAUCUUUCGAGAUUGGUUAAAACGGGAGGAACACAUGGAAAAGUAAGAAAGAAGCGGAAAUGCAAGAGAGCAAGAGAGGGAAAAGCGAGCCAUGUAGCCUUAAGCCAUGUGUCCUCGCUGAACCAACAACGAGAAACUUUUUGGUGCCUGCUAACACGUUUUUCGAGACACGUUUUUUUUUUUUGCGCACACUAAAACAAUAUAAUUGGAGAAAGUUUUAUUUUAGUUUUGAAGGUCGCAGUAAUGAUCAGAAGUUUUAGAAUCGUUUUUUUACCUUUACCCUUACGUCGAAUCUUAUUCUAAUUUCGAAAAAAAAGAUCCUAUUGAUUCCAAACUUUUGAUCAGCAAUAUACAUAUGUUCGCUUCUACCAAGAAAUAUGUUGAAAAGUAACGAUUUCUCGUUGCUGACGCGGAUUUCCUUUGAUAUUUUAUCGCAAGGCGAAGCAACUUGCAAUAAAAUCGUACGAUAAAAUAUCAGCAAAAAAUUUCCCCCUUCCGUUCCCCCUCCCCGUCAUCGUUGAUUCAUCGAGGACACUGGCUGGAAAUCAACAAUGUAGUAGUAAACGAAAUCGCGAAAUCCGUUGAAACCGCGACACCAGAUAGCCACGCUUGUAUUGAUUUUUCCGUUAGUCACGGAACGUACGUGUAUAAGAGAGAGUGUCGUUCACCCGCCUCGUCCAGAGGAAAUCCAGAGAAAUUCAACGUUAUCGACACGUUAUCGAUAAUUUCGAUAAAUUCGAAUUUAUUACGUUUUAUCGUAACAAUUUUCCUAGAGAAAGGCGAUUCGCCGCCGUACUAUUAUUAGUUUCCUUGUGUAUCGAUUUAUCAUACACGCCGAUCCGAGGGCGUGCGUGUAUACAUAAUAGAGGAAAUCGGUAAUUUCCCUUUGCGUCGAUUGUCGAAAUGGGAAAAUAGUGGAACAAACGAACGGCAGAGAGCACAAACGAGAAGGAAAACGAGAGGCGUGUCCGAUCGAUCGACGAUUUUCAACGCCCCACGUCCCGUCGAAAUACUUGGACGAUUGGCGAUUUCGACGCUGUCGCUUGAGAGAGGGAAUUUGCGAGCUCUUCCUUUUGUCACGAUCUCGAAACGCCGGCCGAGAUUGAACACGACAGUUUCGAGAUUAGCCUCCCGAGUUAGCCCCCUCCCCCCCUCCCUCCCCCGCAUUAGGGCUGCUAUUAGGGUAUUACGUAGGAUUAGACGGCGAUAGAUCGAGUUCCUGUCGAUGUCCGACCAGUGGAAAUUCAGCUCGAUAAUCACCGUGUAUAAUAACGGUGUCGAGUCUCGAGUCGAGAUUUCGAACGCCGAACGUUUUUCAAAUUUCCCGCCGAGAAGCUUUCCGCGCCUCGUGGUAAGCGAAAGACGUGUCGUUUCAUCGUUGAUUGGAGUUUGUAUCGACGACUCGUUUACCACGGAUGCACCAAUCAAAUCCUCCACGUACCUUUUCUUAUAAUAAUUAAGUAGGCUGAAAAAUAAUAAUUCGAUUCGCGGCCGAUUCGAAAUUAACAAUUCGCGUCGCGAUUCCUCCUCCUCCACGUGAUCGAUGAUUGUCGUGGCAAGAUUUUACCCGUAAUGCAUAAACGGAUAAAAUACGAAACGUGAGCGAUUGUUAUAUAUAUAUAUACAUAUAUAUAUAUACAUGCAUACGUAUAUUAUGCGUCGAGAGAAGCCACAAUUAUUAUUAUUAUUGUUAUAAGGAUAGAAAAAGAAAGAAGAUGAAUAAAUUAAUUUGUUCGUUGAUGAAUUGUUGCGCCAAAGUAUAAGUACGUACGAGUGAAGUAAUUUAUCUGUGUCGUGUGUAAUAAGGGAUACGAUAGAGAGAUCCUCUUGUGAAUAUAAAAAUAUGUUUGAAUUGAAAGGGGAUAAGAAAGAGAAGCGAGGAGGAAACGAGGAAGAAAGGAUGGGAGGGAGGGGAGAAGAAAGGGAAGGUGGGUCAAGGGGAAGAAAAUCGAUAUCAUCACUAUUUUGCAUCAGGAGUAUUGUAAAAAAAAAAAAAGAAACGAGGAAUACCUUUUCCUCGCCUUGUGAUCAUUUAUGUUUGUAAAUUGUAGCCAACUUACGAUUCCUAUAAAUACGAUGUAUGAUGUUAGAUACUUCGAGAAACGGACUUGUAUUAUUUUAUCUUAGCACUCAUUGAUGAAUAUAACUAAUCUCAUUUUUUGUAAAUAUUAAUUUAAAAAAAAAUAAAUCUUAUUGUGUAAAGAUUGUAUAAUUUAAA